AUGGACGACACUUCUUUUAUGGACAUUUAUCAAUUUGAUGAAGAAAAAGAAAGAAAAGUUUUGCGCGAAGCACCAUGGAAACACGAUCCAUUUUAUUUCAAAUCCGUACAUAUCGAUGCUGUUGCUCUUUUAAAAAUGCUGCGACAUGUGUCGCAAGGGAUGCCAUUAGAGGUUAUGGGCUAUGUGCAAGGCAAGGUAAAAGACAACAAGUUAAUCGUCUUAGACGCAUUUGCUCUUCCAGUUAAAGGGACGGAGACUCGUGUAAAUGCCCAUGAAGAAGCCGAUGAAUAUAGUGUUCAAUACCAAACAUUGUGUAAAUCUGUGCAUCGCUAUGAAAAUGUAAUCGGUUGGUACCAUUCUCAUCCAAAUUAUGGUUGCUGGCUUUCCGGUGUUGACGUUGAAACACAAAAGCAAAACCAGCGUUUUCAAGAUCCAUUUGUUGCUAUAGUCAUUGAUCCCAAACGUUCUUUGGAAUCACAUUACGUCGACAUUGGUGCUUUUCGCACUCAUCCAGAAAAUAUGAACAGAUAUAAAUAUUCUUCUAAAAGCAAAGACACGUUUCUCUACGAAAAUCUACCUUCCUCCAAAGUCGUCGACGCCGGUGCCCAUGCCGACGCCUAUUAUUCCUUACCCAUCACGUAUUUUCAUUCCCCUGCAGAAAAGAAGGUUACAGAAUUUCUAAAAACGAAAAAAUGGUCCGAAACCAUAUCCAGUCCGUCAAUCAUAGAGGACCCAAUGUUUUUCAAAAAAUCGGAAAAUUCGCUCUUAGAAUCGAUUGUACAGGCAACUGUAAAGCAUCCAGCAUCUACCGUUCAUGCUUCUGAGCAUACGAAACCAUAUUAUAGGGAAGCCACCUCAUUUUUGUCUCAGCUAGAGCUUCAAGAUCGAUUAUUCAAAAAAUGA